AUGGCUGACAAACCCGAUAAGGCCAAGGUUGAGAAAUUCGCUAAGUCGAAACUGAAGAAAACAGAAACGAAAGAGAAAAAUCCACCGCCUUCAAAAGAAACGACUGAACAGGAGAAGCAAGCAGGCGAGCCCUAAUGAGGGGUG